UGUCGCAAGUUUUGAGGGAGCGUGCAAUUGGCAUGCUGACAGCAGGAAUGUCCACCAGAGCUGUUGCCAGUGAAUUGAAUGUUGAUUUCUCUACCAUAAGCCGUCUCCAAAGGCGUUUCAGAGAAUUUGGCAGUACAUCCAACCGGCCUCACAACCGCAGACAACGUGUAACCACACCAGCCCAGGACCUCCACAUCCAGCAUGUUCAUCAUGAUAGAUGAGAGUUCAUCAGCGAUCCGUCCCGAGAGUAACCGUCCAAAGGGUCAACAGUUUAUGGCUUCCAAAACGCCAUAAACCCGCUCUGCCAGAUUCAUCCGCCAAAAAUAUCCGAUCAGAAGGUCCGACGAGGGAAUCUGCCGACGGUCCGGAUGUAACCGGCAAGUCGAUGAAAACCUUUUUAAACGUUUCUUCGGAUUAAAGUAUUUUAUUUACAGACAAGCGCCCGUGGCGACUAUACCUCCUGCGAUGCAGUCGCAUCUACCCAGCCCAUCAGACGGACAAGCACCCGUGGCAAGGAGACCGUUCAGGGGUAGGCUUAGUACAUUUUAUUUAUGGUGCAUGAUAUAAAAUACGCGCAACCUAAAAUGAGAAUCCGAAUCAUUAAAUACUAAUGGUACAUGACACGCCGAAAACUUUCAUCACAGAGGGGAUACCGAGGAGAAAUUUGAUUCAUCAGCCCAGAAAAGGGCGAAGAGGACCGACCUACCUACGUUGGAGAAGCUCAAGAACCCACUCCGUCGCUCCUCAGUGUCUGUGUGCGAGCAAUCGCAGAGUCAUUUUACAGUUGGGUCAGGGUCUUUUGUCUGCUUUCAAUGCUUUGUGUGAGAAGUUGUAAAGUAAGGUGUGAUAUUUCAGCAUGGAAAAAGAAUUAAACUUGGGUUUUUUUUUACGAUCUUUGUCAGUCUGACGUGGUUCCAACCGAAUUAGAGAAAUAUGUAGAGGAAUUGAACCGUAUUCCACUCGCUUUUGCAGUAGAUGAUAACAUAUCCAACAUACCUGAAAAUUCCCCAGAAUCUGAUCCUUUUGCGGAAAUCCAUCAAAUCUGCUAUACAGAAAAUUAUUUCCAACCUAUACAAGAUGCUCUCAGACUAGUUGAACAAAUACCGUCACCCACCCCCUCCCACCAGCACGAGUCUGACGCUCAAGCCUUUCGCAGCCGAUGCUCACUCGCUCCCUCUCCUCACCGUAAACCCGCUCUGCCGGACUCGUCUGCCAAAAAUAUCCAAUCGGAAGGUCCCGCGAGGGAAUCUGCCGACGGUCCGGAUGUAACGGGUAAGUCCAUGAAAACUUUUUUAAACGUUUCUUCGGAUUAGAGUAUUUUAACAAUUCCUGCGGACAUCCCGCUUUUACCGCUUACACAUUUAAAAUGAAGGCUGGUCUUCCUACGGACUUCCGGAAUGUAGGGGCGUGUCUGAGACGCAUUUCCGGUAGUGUAUUUGGAAGCCAGCGCCACCAGCGGUGUGGUGAUGUAAUGUCACCUUCAAUUUAGCUGCAUGGAGUGGAGAAUAAAUAUUGUUUUUUUUAUUAAUUUCAUUUAUUAUGCCUAUGUACCAGGGGUUCAGUCAACUAUACCUCCAGAGAGUCCAGAGACUCCUGAGAUUCCUGCCACGCAGCCGUAUCUACCCGGCCCAACGGACGGACAAGCACCCGUGGCAACUAUACCUCCCGAGACUCCUGAGAUUCCUGCCACACAGCCGCAUCUAUCAACCCCGUCGGACGGACAAGCGCCCGUGGCAACUACACCUCCAGAGACUCCUGAGAGCCCUGCCACCCAGCUGCAUCCAACCGGCCCAUCAGACGGACAAGCGCCCGUGGCAACUACACCUCCAGAGACUCCUGAGAUCCCUGCCGCGCAGCCGCAUCUACCAGGCCCAUCGGACGGACAAACGCCCGUGGCAACGAGACUGAUCAAAGAGGGAAUACCGAGGAGAAAUUUGAUUCGUCCGCCCAGAAGAGGGCGAAGAGGACCUCCCUACCUUCAUCGGAGAAACUCAAGAACCCACUCCGUCGAUCCACAGUGUCUGUGUGCGAGCAAUCGCAGAGUCAUUCUACAGUUGGGUCAGGGUCUUUUGUCCGGGUUUCAUUGCUUUGUGUGAGAAGUUGUAAAGUAAGGUGUGACAUUUCAGCAUGGCUAAAGGAUUAAACCUGGGCUUUUUUUACGAUCUUUGUCAGUCUGACGUGGUUCCAAGCGAAUUAAAGAAAUAUGUAGAGGAAUUGAACCGUAUUUCACCCGCUUUUGCGGUAGACGAUAGCAUAGCCAACAUACCUGAAAAUUCCCCAGAAUCUGAUCCUUUUGCGGAAAUCCAACAAAUCUGCAAUACAGAAAAUUAUUUCCAAAAUAUAGAAGAUGCUCUCAGACUAGUCGAUCAAAUACCGUCAUCCAACCCCUCCCAGCAGCACGGGUCUGACCCUCAGGCCUCUUUCACAGCCGAUGCGUCGCACGCUCCCUCUCCUCAAACCCCGCCGAUAGAGACCGAUAUUGAACCCA